AUGGCACGAAUACACCUAAUAGCCCGGUUAUUGGCAUCAGCCGGCCUAUGUCAGAUAACAGCGGCGAGUUUCUGGACCGCGACGCAGAUAUUCGUCGAUGACCCAGAACUUGAGCCAUUUCGCUGCGACCCAGCUGGUGUGACGGGUCUCUCAUGCACCGGAACAACGACCGUAACACGGUUAGUGGCACGUACCACCUCACUUCCAGACGUAACGCCAAUAUCAACCACAACAGCGAGUCUCACUUCCUGGGAUUUGGAGGUUGUGGAGUACUAUUAUCCCGCCGACGCGGUUCCCACCUCGGACCUGUAUACCUGGCGGUGGGACCCAGAUCCCGACUCGCGUGGGAAGGGCCCUCAAUGGCUUGUCGACUAUACAAUCACCGCGCCAACCAGCUGCCCGACCCCCUUCGAAUACACCACCGAGGUCAACCUCAGGACCUCCGCGUCUGUUCCGACGCCGCUCAGCGAGAUCCUCCACUCCAUGGCCAGCGUCGAAACAGAUGUCGUCACAUACACCAGACUUGUCGCCACAACCGAUAGCAGCACCCAUCGUUGGGUGCAACAAACUUCGUACUACACAUACACGACACUGCAUGUGAAAGCGACGGACCUUCCUCCAGCGCGCAGACCGCCGGCGGAUUACUACCGACACGAUCAAAUCAACUACCGCUACAUUGAGAACUGCUUUCUCCCAGGCGAAAAGGAUCCGCGCCCCAACCCAUUUGGAGCAGAGGCAAAACAAAAAUGUCCCCACAAGGCCUUCGGACGCUGCAGCAAAAUCCCAGAAGGUCCCGCCAUCAUCCUUGCCAUCGUCGGGACCCUCUUUGUUCUAGGCUUCAUCGAGAAUUUCCUGUGGUUCAGGAGCCUGAUGCAAGGCCACUGGGCUCUUCGGUGCGGCACGGUGUGCUGGUGGCUGAUUGCCACGCUGCUCAUGAUCUUUGUCACCAAAUAUGAAGUCGGGAGGAAUGCAGAUGAUCAGGAGCAACUGAGGGAGAAGUGGAAGAGGAUGCCAUUUUGGAUGAAGAUAAAGUUGUGGCUUCAGUGGGGGUUUCGGCUCAAGUAUCCCGAGCGCUGGUUGGGGGCUCGAAACCCGGUUAGUGUGGGGGAGAGUAUUGAGAUGGGAAUCGGUGGGGGAGGUAACGGAGCCGGAGGUGGUGGUGGUGGUGGUGGUGGUGAUGCUGGAACUGGAGGUCCCCCGUCGAGAGCCCCGGAACACGAUGACACGCCUUUGCCUGUUUAUCCCGGUUCUCCUCUUUCGAGUGUCAGUGAUGGGCAUUCGAUGAAUAGUGGGACGACAGCUGCUACUCGGGGGCCGGCCUUGGGGAACCCAAAUGCGGUACUUGGGCCUGUGCUGGGUUCUGGUACUGUGGUUAUUGGGCCGACCAUAAGUUCAGCCCAGCAGGCGCCUGCUUCCCCACGGCGACAGGAGACGGGUGAGGGUCCAGCGAACGGUGUAAUCCGGGCUGUUUAG